GUCACAAUGGAGCGGCUCCUGGGCGGCGAGCCGGGCAGCGCCGGGGCUUCCCGCUGAGCCGCAGCCGCCUGCGGAGUGCGGGCGCUGGCCGCUCUGCUCACUCCGGCAGGCCGGGUAGCGCGGGCCCUGGGGGCUCCAGCGCAAAGGCAUUCCGCAGAUCAAAACGAAUCGCAGUUUCCGGUUGACCAGAAUUCAUAGGAAUGAAGACAAAGUCAGAGAUGGUGUGUUUGAGAAACUUCAAAAGGUGUAGACCUCCUGACUGAAGCAUAGUUGAUGUGACUCAUUUCUUUUCAUAAUAUUUCUCCUCUCUCCACGGGCGUCAUGAUUACACUAACAGAGUUGAAAUGCUUAGCGGAUGCCCAGUCAUCCUAUCACAUACUGAAGCCAUGGUGGGACGUCUUCUGGUAUUACCUCACCCUCAUCAUGCUGUUGGUGGCUGUGCUGGCCGGAGCCCUGCAGCUUACGCAAAGCAGGGUUCUGUGCUGUCUUCCCUGCAAGGUGGAAUUUGACAAUCACUGCGCUGUGCCUUGGGACCUCCUGAAAGCCAGUGAGAACACGUCUUCUAACUCAGGCCUGCCACUCCCGCUGCCGCUCCGGAUCCAGAAUGACCUCCACCGACAGCAGUACUCCUACAUCGACGCCGUCUGCUACGAGAAACAGCUCCAUUGGUUCGCUAAGUUUUUCCCCUAUCUGGUGCUUCUGCACACUCUUAUCUUUGCAGCCUGCAGCAACUUCUGGCUUCACUACCCCAGCACCAGCUCCAGGCUGGAGCACUUUGUGUCCAUCCUCCACAAGUGCUUCGAUUCUCCAUGGACCACUCGCGCCCUGUCAGAGACAGUGGCCGAACAGUCAGUGAGGCCCCUGAAACUCUCCAAGUCCAAAACCUUGCUCUCAACCUCAGGGGGCUCUGCCGACAUUGACGCCAGCAAGCAGUCAUUGCCCUACCCACAGCCAGGCUUAGAGUCACCUGGCAUAGAAAGCCCAACUUCUAGUGUCCUGGACAAGAAGGAGGGUGAACAAGCCAAAGCCAUCUUCGAAAAAGUGAAGAGGUUUCGCCUGCAUGUGGAGCAGAGGGACAUCAUCUACCGGGUGUACCUGAAGCAGAUAAUCGUCAAAGUCAUUCUGUUUGUUCUCAUUAUAACUUACGUCCCGUAUUUUCUCAGCUACAUAACUCUGGAAAUCGACUGCUCGAUCAAUGUGCAGGCAUUCACAGGCUAUAAGCGCUACCAGUGCGUCUACUCCUUGGCAGAGAUCUUUAAGGUCUUGGCUUCAUUUUAUGUCAUUCUGGUGAUGCUUUAUGGUCUCACGUCCUCCUAUAGCCUGUGGUGGAUGUUGAGGAGUUCCUUGAAGCAGUACUCCUUUGAGGCUCUCAGAGAGAAAAGCAACUACAGCGAUAUCCCUGAUGUCAAGAACGACUUCGCCUUCAUCCUCCAUCUGGCCGACCAGUACGACCCCCUGUACUCCAAGCGCUUCUCCAUCUUCCUGUCGGAGGUCAGUGAGAACAAACUGAAACAGAUCAACCUCAACAACGAGUGGACCGUGGAAAAACUAAAAAGCAAGCUUGUGAAAAACUCCCAGGACAAGGUCGAGCUGCAUCUCUUCAUGCUCAACGGUCUUCCAGAUAACGUCUUCGAGUUAACAGAGAUGGAAGUGCUGAGCCUGGAGCUCAUCCCCGAGGUCAAGCUGCCCGCCGCCGUCUCUCAGCUUGUCAACCUCAGGGAGCUCCAUGUGUACCACUCGUCCUUGGUGGUCGACCACCCCGCCCUGGCCUUUCUUGAGGAGAACUUAAAAAUCCUCCGCCUGAAAUUUACCGAGAUGGGAAAGAUCCCACGCUGGGUGUUCCACCUGAAGAACCUGAAGGAACUGUACCUGUCAGGCUGUGUCCUCCCGGAGCAGCUGAGCUCCAUGCAGCUGGAGGGCUUCCAGGAUCUGAAGAACCUGAGGACCCUCUACUUGAAGAGCAGCCUGUCCCGGAUCCCUCAGGUGGUGACAGACCUGCUGCCCUCCCUGCAGAAGCUGUCCCUUGAUAACGAGGGGAGCAAACUGGUCGUGCUGAACAACCUGAAGAAGAUGGUCAAUCUGAAAAGCCUGGAGCUCCUCAGCUGCGACCUGGAGCGCAUCCCCCACUCCAUUUUCAGCCUGAACAACCUGCACGAGUUGGACCUGAAGGAAAACAACCUCAAGACGGUGGAGGAGAUCAUCAGCUUCCAGCACCUCCCGAGCCUCUCCUGCCUGAAGCUCUGGCACAAUAACAUCGCUUACAUCCCCGCACAGAUCGGAGCGCUGUCCAACCUGGAGCAACUGUACCUGGGUCACAACAACAUCGAGAGCCUGCCCUUGCAGCUUUUUCUAUGCACCAAACUACACUACUUGGAUCUAAGCUAUAACCAUCUGACCUUCAUUCCCGAGGAAAUCCAGUACCUGACCAACCUGCAGUACUUCGCCGUGACCAACAAUAACAUCGAGAUGCUACCAGACGGGCUGUUCCAGUGCAAGAAACUUCAGUGUCUACUCUUGGGAAGAAACAGCCUAACAGAUCUGUCCCCUCUGGUUGGGGAGCUGUCAAACCUCACCCACCUGGAACUCAUUGGCAACUACCUAGAGACACUGCCUGUGGAGCUGGAAGGGUGUCAGUCCCUGAAACGGAGCUGUCUGAUUGUGGAGGACAGCUUGCUCAAUUCUCUUCCGCUUCCUGUGACGGAGCGUUUGCAGACUUGCUUAGAUAAAUGUUAACCUAAAGAUCAGACUCAAGGGGGGAAAAAAAGCGAUUCUAAAGCAGGGCCCCAGGAAAAGAGAACGAACUUUCCAAAGUUAUAAAGAUGAGAGACGGCCUGCAAUUAUGACACACCAUAACCAAAAAAUCUUACCAAAUGAUCCAGGGUCUGAAUCAAGUAAUAAAAAGAUAUCAACACUGGGGUUUUGUGAACAACCAAUGUUUAAAUUAUUUGUGAGAGAGAUGUAAAAAGUAUACGUUGAGGGUGGAUUGAGAGGCGUCGUCGUGGAAACCUUACCUUUCAUGUUUUGUCUUCAGGACUCUGUUUCCACCACUCCCCCUGCCCCCUCAACCCAUUACACGUUUGCAUACAUGUUUUCAUGUGACCUUGUAACCUAAUAUUUAACUCCAUGAAGACUCAUCAGUAUAAACUCCUUGAUGUGUGCUCACCACUGGCUUAGAUUUAUAUUGGUCUUUUUUUUGUUUUUUUAAGCAGCGUGUAUCAUGCUGGGCAGAAUUCCAUCUUGGCUGACUUCUCUGCUCCUUUCUCAUUUCGUUGGCAUCUUCAUCUGGGUUUCUCUGAUAGUCCUGGGAUAGGGCUUACACUUGGCAUUUGCCUAGAACGAGAGCCAGGGUUUCUAGGAUGUGUGAUCUACUGAGCAGCCUAAAAAUCAAUGCAUUCUUGAAAUGUCGUCUUGUGUCAUCAAGGCCUUUUUUAACUAUGUUAAGGAUUUUUAUAUGAAAUAUAGAAUAUUUUCUACUGUAUGAUCUCAGAUGCUACAUCUGCGAGAAUACUCUUUUUUUGUAAGCAGUGAACAUGUGCAUCGUUGUGAUAAUUUAAUGAUUCUUGGUUUGGGCUGAUUAUGAUUCCCGUGUUUGUAUGCACUCUGCUCCAAAAACUUUUGUACUCUUGCAACUAAUUAUGGCAACCAAUUUGGAUGACAAAAGCCUUGUGUUUUGCUCCCUAACAUCUUUGAGGGUUUCCUCAUGAGAGGACAGGAGGGCCGCUGAAUCACCUACCUCUCCUUGCUGCUGUCCAAGCGUUUGGGUACAACCCCUCAGUUACUUUAAAACUGUGUUUGAGGGGAGAAGGCAAGAUCUAGAUUAGAAAAGUGACUGGAAAAUACGUUGUAGAAAUUUAGUAAGCAUUAAAUAAGAUGUAGGGGUUUCCCCCCAUCUGCAUGAUCCCUCAAUACUAUUAUGAUGGAAGCUGUCUAUUCAGAACCUGAGCCCAUUAAACUGACAUCCAUCUCAUAGGCUGCCUUGUGACCUGAGAUACGUCAUGCUCCUCUUGACAGAGAGCUUUGUAUUUGGCCCUUUGUCAUCAUGCGUAUUGCUGAAUAAAACGGACUGGCUCGCUCACACUGGGGAAAUAGACAUUGUAGUGUGUUUUUCUCUCAAAGGUCUAGGCAUUAUGAACUCACCUCUUUUUGGGAUAGCUGUCAAAUAAUCCAUUAACUGCAUCUACAAAAAACUGGAAACUACUACUUACGAGGCUCCUAAACACAGAGCUGUGGCAUGUCAUUUUCUCCUGACUGUUCUAGAAAGAUGAAAAUGUCUCUCCUCUUAAUAUAUGCCUGACAUUUAUAGAAGAGAAUUACAUGGAGGAAGCCUGAGUAGAGUUAGUUACAAAGACUAUACCAAGGCCCUAAGCCGCCUAACACACUAUGGAUGGCAAGGGAUAGACUAAAGAGACGUCUUAGCAAAGCUUGUCUUUGUUAGAAUGUCCAAGUUCUCAGGGACCCAGGCAUAACUGGCUCUCACUGGGGCCUCAUGGGCAGGCCCUGGCUUAGCCAGGCUUCUCUUAUUCUUACUGUUUUAAUAAUGUGAGUCGAUGGUUGACAUUUUCCAGUAAAAUCAUCAUGUGGACCAAUUUCAAAGGUGACGACUUGUCUGAAGUUUUGAACAUAAAUGUGAGCGAGAGGUUUCAGUACUAUCAUCCAUGCCUCAUAUGAAAUUUAAAAAAAAAAAAAUCCACCCUAACCAGUUCAGACUUUCUAAGCCUCCCCUGAUAAAGGAGAAAUUCCCUGUGCCUUGUUUUCCAGUGCAUGCAUCAUUGGCUAACUGGUCUACCUCCUCAAAGCAGUUCCCUGGAAGGAUCAAUCAUGAAGUGUGAGCCGCUUUCAACACACAAGGCCGUCAUUACUGGUGGAAACCAUAUUGCUCUUGAUACAACAUUUUAAAGUGUCUUUUGUAUUUAACACUGAUGAAUCAUUGCUGAGGUAGCUUUUAAGUCUAACACUAAGACAACGAACAACACACCACCUGACAGACGAAUCUGUGUAAACACUGGCUUUGCUAACCUAAGUGUCGAUAGUCACCUAACUGAAGAGAAUGAAACCUUCCAUCAUGAGAUUAACGUCUCAUGAUAACAUAUUUUCCAAAAACUAAGUGUAAAGGAUCAAAAACAAAAUUUUGGCCUAUACUAAAAUAAUAUGGGUUCAUUUGCAUACACAAAUACAGAGAGACAUGCACAUGCCUCAUUUUUGCAAACUUCAGUUUUCAAUAUAUUUUUUCCCAAAAAUUGCAAGAGGUUAUUAUAGGUUAGCCUGAGGAGAACAACUUUUUUAAUUCAUUACUUUUAAUCACGAAGAAUUCAAUUUCCAUAAAAUCAACUUUUAGUUUAAGAAGGUAUCCAGUGUUCCCACAAAGGUGGAGUUUUCCCCUCAUCUGCAUCAGGGUGGAUUUCUGUAGCAUAUUGAUACUGAAUUUUCAUUUUAACCUUCUGUAUAGUACCAUAUUUCUCUAUUACUAAUAAGCAGGUUGAAUCAUGGUAUGUGAAAUUGCUGGACUCAGUGAUAAAGGCAACCUCUAAUUUGUGUGCUACAGUGUGCUAAAGUGGUUUAUGCACAUACCGUUAUUCUUUGAUCAUGAAAUGGUUCUGUCCAUGUUUCAUAAUUCUGAUAUCAUGUUGAAUUAAAACAGCACAUAAUAUUGAUGGGUUCAUUAAAGUAGCCAACGCUUACUCUGUGGACUUGAUACUAUUUCCUUGCAUUUUCAGCAAACCCAUCCAUCUUCGUAGUCACAUAGCGCCCACCCAUCUGCGCACUGUGUUCUUGCCCUCACCCACCUCACUGAAUCUGAUGGACACUGUACAGUAGCUGUGUGUCCGUGCUGUAGUGUUGGCAGUAAUACCUGAGCUUGGUCAUCCCUGUUUAUAAGAAUCCAGCUUCUGGUCUCUGUUCUCAUUAACUGCCUAUUGCAUUAGAAUAUGAAAAAUAAAGGAGACUAGAGAGAGAGAAAGGAAGACUUAUUUUGCAUCCUGAAGGAAAAUAUAUAUAUAUUUAGACAGUGUAAACAAGCAACUGCUGCAGAACGUCCUGUGUGUAAUAGUGUCUCGUGUGUCCCCAUGUACUGUGCUAAAUCAGGGAGGCUGCAGAACGGUUCCCUUCCUGUCUCUUGUCCAUGGCUUCUACUUCCAGUAACAAAUGUCUGCUAUGUACCUUUUGCAAUGGACUUUAUAAACUGCAUUCCCAAACCUUUUUUUUUUUAAAUGAGCAAUUUCAUCAACACUGAAGUAUUAACAGAUUACAUGAGUCAGAGUACUGAGCUGAGAUGGCUUCUAGUUGAGCUUAAUUUCAUAUUUAAGUUUUGAAUCUAUCGCAAAAUACAUCCUAGCUGACAAGAACAAUUACGAAUGCCUUCUGCAUGUUCGUUAUUUCUAACAGACAUGGUGCAAUUUUUUUUUUAAAUACAAAAGUAUAUAGGGUUGGAAUGGAUGCCUCUGCACUCAUAUCUGUUGUGUGUCAGUCUUUAUAUUAACGCUGUACGGUAAGACUUAAAAUUCUAAGUUUCAUUCUAAGUAAAGGAUGGGCCAACCUUGAAUGGAGAUACUUUGCUUUGUUAGCUCCCGGUGGAGGCUGGCAUUUGAUCUUUUAUCUUUUACCAUAAACUUGGAAAUGUGUAUCUGGAAUGAAUUACUAGAAAAUGCACAAUUAUCUUCAAUGUUUUUGGCCCUUGGAUUGAUUCAAACCCCUACGUUCGAUAGAUUUGGGUAAAUUUUGCUGUUUUUAAAGUAUCUUUUGUGUAAAGAGAUUACAUUUUUUUUUUAUAAUAAAUGGCAACUAAGACAAA